AAAAAAAUCAGUCACGCACAUCACAUGAUCUCGGGACGCAUCCGAGUCAAAGGAUUCACUGAAUGAUUAAUGAUUCAGAUCGUUCAAAGGUACAAGCAUCAUCUUUAUGUCUGACACUCAACCACUCGCAAACAUAUCUUCUUUCUUUGUCUCGUCUGUCCAGGACCAGGACCUUCCAUUAGAGGAGAAUUUACGGCAUAAACUUUCCCUCGAAGACCAAAUUUUCGGUUGCAAUGGUGUGAAGAGCUCGGGUACUUCAACCGAGGACGAAGUCCAUGACUCGGAAGAGGAAUGUGAACCGCUCCUCAUGCCCUCUCACCGGCGCUUCGUCCUUUUCCCCAUACAGUAUCAUGAAAUUUGGAACAUGUACAAGAAAGCGGAGGCAUCUUUUUGGACUGCCGAAGAAAUGGAUCUCUCAACAGACGUUUUGCACUGGAAUACCCGACUGACUGCGAAUGAAUGUCACUUCAUCUCACACAUUUUAGCUUUCUUUGCUGCCUCGGAUGGCAUAGUCAACGAGAAUCUCGUUGAGCGUUUUUCGAACGAAGUCCAGGUCCCAGAAGCUCGAUGCUUUUAUGGUUUCCAAAUCAUGAUCGAAAAUGUCCAUGCCGAGACCUAUUCGCUCCUUAUUGACACGCUCAUCAAGGACGUCAAUGAGCGCGAAUAUCUUUUUGAUGCAAUAGAGACCAUACCGGCUGUCAAGCGAAAGGCAGACUGGGCAUUACGAUGGAUAUCUGACAAGCAGGCGACAUUUGCUACUCGGCUAGUUGCCUUUGCUGCUGUUGAGGGUAUCUUCUUUUCCGGCUCGUUUGCAUCAAUAUUCUGGCUCAAGAAGCGUGGACUAAUGCCGGGGCUCACUUUCUCCAAUGAGCUCAUCAGUCGUGACGAGGGGAUGCAUACCGACUUCGCUUGUCUUUUGUUUACCCAUCUCAAGCGAAGACCACAUCCAGAUGUCAUACAACAAAUCAUCACAGAAAGUGUCCAUAUUGAACAAGCGUUUUUAUCAGAUGCUCUUCCAGUCAGCCUCAUUGGCAUGAAUGCAACCCUGAUGUGUCAGUACAUUGAGUUUGUCGCCGACCGUCUUCUGGUAUCGUUGGGGAACAACAAGUUCUACAACUCCACCAAUCCAUUUGAUUUUAUGGACAUGAUUUCCAUGCAGGGAAAGACAAAUUUCUUUGAGAAGCGUGUGUCUGAGUAUGCGAAGGCACAUGUCAGACAUUCAGACAGUCCGGCGUCUUCAAGGGUGUUUUCUGUUGACGAGGAUUUCUGAGCUUCGAUGCUCUUUUGUCGUCGCUCGUACCAAUUCAUAAUAAUAUAGACUGCAACUCAAUCACGUAUGUACCUAAUAUCUUAUUUUAUAGCCACCAUAUGCCUGUCUGUGCUUGUAACCCUCUACUUAGUAUUUAGCAUGCCACCUAGCUCACACUUCAUAUACAUUUAUUUCGGAAU